CCCAGUGGUGGAAAAUGGACGUGGCAGCCGUUAAGAAGCCAUUUAUGUUUUCCUUAUAAAACACCUUACAUAACAAUGACAUUGAUUUUAAACAUAAACAGUCACUUGUUUCAAUAGUGUGUAUAACGGAAGAAUGUUGCGCUCGUCGCCUUAUUUUAUUUUCACUAAUUCGUUUCUCGUAAUCAAGACGGCUAAGCAGCGAUGCUAACAGGAAGGGAUGAACCAUUCCUGUCCUGAGGGGGGGGUGAGACAACGGUGUGCUUUAUUCAAUUUACUUAUACUUAUUUGCGAGUCAUCUCAGAUUAUUCAGUUAUAAAAUUUGUUUAAUUCGAUUUGAAUAAGUCGUUUAAGUCCACGGUGGACGUGUCGACCGACGGUCCCACCCCGUGGUACAGCACCGUUGGUACGGUCUGUUGCCGCUGUGUGUUGCUCUUCUUCCUGAAAAGACUUGCACUGGAGUCCCCGAUGUCGCCGCACUUACAGUGACUCCUGGACUCCAAAGAAUUGUUCCUCCGUGACAUCGAAGUCUUCAGGUUCAGAGCCCCGCCCUCUUAGAUGACUGGUCUCCCUUAGUGUCUGUCUUUGCAAAUGGCUUGCUGUCUGAAGGACGAGCUGCUCUGUUCCAUCUGCCUCAGCAUCUACCAGGACCCCGUCAGCUUCGGCUGCGAGCACUACUUCUGCAGGAAGUGCAUCACAGAACACUGGAGCAGACAGGAGCCUCACGGCGCCAGAGACUGCCCCGAGUGUCGGAGGACCUUCGCCGAUCCUCUUCUUUCUCCCAGUCUCAAGUUGUCCAACAUCGUAGAGCGCUACUCUGCGUUUCCCCUGGACGCCAUUCUCAACGCUCAGAGGAGCUCCUACCCCUGCAAGGACCACGAGAAGGUCAAGCUCUUCUGCCUGACUGAAAAAAGCCUGGUGUGCUUUUUCUGUGACGAGCCUGCGCUGCACGAACAGCACCAAGUCACGACUAUUGACGAGGCCUUUGAGGAGAUACAGAGGGAGAUGAAGGAGCAGCUGGUCACCCUGCAGGACAGUGAGAGAGGACACACAGAGGCCCUGCAGCUCCUGCAGAGACAGCUGACUGAGACCAAGUCGUCGGCGAAGAGUUUACGCGCGACCAUCGGUGACGCGUUUGAGCGCCUGCACCGCUUCCUCCGCGAGCGUCAGAAGAGCAUGCUGGAGGAGCUGGAGACGGACACGGCCCGUAAACUGGCGGACAUCGAGCACAAAAUCCAGUGCUACAGCCAACAGCUGCGCGACGUCAAGGAGGGCAUUCAGAUCCUGCAGGAGCGACUCAACGAGACGGGGCGACACGACUUCCUGGAGGGCGUGGCUGUCACGUCGGAGAGGAUUAAAGGGAAGAUCCACGAGACCAACCUGACGUACGAGGACUUCCCCACCUCCAGGUACAUGGGACCCCUGCAGUACAGCAUAUGGAAGUCACUGUUUCAGGACAUCUCACCAGUACCAGCAGCUCUGACCCUUGACCCCAUCACAGCCCACCAAAGACUGAUCCUCUCAGACGACUGUACCAUCGUGGCCUACGGGAACCUCCACCCUCAGCCGCUGCAGGAGUCGCCGCGGCGCUUUGACGUGGAGGUGUCCGUCCUGGGGGCCGAGGGCUUUGCCUCAGGGGUCCAUUACUGGGAGGUGAUGGUGUCGGAGAAGACCCAGUGGAUGAUCGGUGUGGCCAACGAGACGGUCAGUCGCAAGGGCAGCAUCCAGAUCAGCCCCAGCCGAGGCUUCUACUGCAUCGUCAUGCACGACGGAAACCAGUACAGCGCCUGCACCGAGCCCUGGACCCGCCUCAACGUCAAGACCAAGCUGGAGAAGGUGGGCGUGUACCUGGACUACCCCAAAGGUCUGCUCAUCUUCUACAACGCCGACGACAUGUCCUGGCUCUACACCUACAGAGACAAGUUCCCCCCCAGGGUCGUCCCCUACUUUAGUCCCGGCCAGAGCCACGCAAAUGGAAAAAACGUGCAACCGUUGCGGAUCAACACCGUACGUCUUUAGAGAACGUCGCCCCCAGUGGCUGGUUAGGUUAAUACGUUAAGGAAAACACUUCAACUGGUUCAAAUGUUUGUUUUUUCUCCAAGUUUAGUCUUAAAUAUUGUGCUCGAUGUUGCUCUUACGAAACACUCGCUGUUGUUACUUGAAGCCACUACACACCCGGAGCCAGCAGUUGAGCCUCAGCCCCUCAGCCCCCCUCCCACUGCAGAAAGGACACUCGGGGGGGGGGGGGGGGUUUGAUUCCACAUUUAAAGGUUGAGGGUUUGAACACUCUUCCAUGGGGUGCUCCUCCUCGUGCUUACCCCCCCACCCCCCAGGUUAUGUUUGUCUGUAUUUGCAGCAGUGGUGACGUUUCACCACAGUUAGAGACCAGCGUCUCCUCCUCCUGUCAAACACUCGACUCCUCGUUUACAAACGUCUGUGCACCAGCAGCUCCACGGCCGCUUCAACUGAAUAUAUACACAUAUAUAUACGUAUACAUAUAUAUCUGUAUAUAUG